CCUCCAUCAUGUCAGAUGGAGAUUAUGAUUACCUCAUCAAGUUUUUAGCCUUGGGAGACUCCGGAGUCGGGAAGACCAGUGUACUUUACCAGUACACAGAUGGGAAGUUCAACUCCAAGUUCAUCACCACAGUGGGCAUUGAUUUCAGGGAAAAGAGGGUGGUAUACAGAGCUAAUGGACCGGAAGGAGCUGUGGGCCGAGGCCAGAGAAUCCACCUGCAGUUAUGGGACACGGCGGGGCAGGAGAGGUUUCGUAGGUUGACCACCGCGUUCUUCAGGGACGCUAUGGGUUUCCUGCUUCUGUUCGACCUGACAAAUGAGCAAAGUUUCCUCAAUGUCCGAAACUGGAUGAGCCAGCUAAAAAUGCAUGCCUACUGUGAAAACCCAGAUAUAGUGCUGGGUGGAAAUAAGAGUGACUUGGAAGACCAGAGGGCGGUGAAAGAGGAGGAGGCCAGGGACCUGGCAGAGAAGUAUGGAAUCCCCUAUUUUGAAACCAGUGCUGCCAACGGGACAAACAUUAGCCAAGCCAUUGAGACGCUCUUGGACCUCAUUAUGAAGCGGAUGGAAAGGUGUGUGGACAAGUCCUGGAUCCCAGAAGGAGUGGUGCAAUCCAAUGGCCAUACCUCUGCAGACCAGCCAAAUGAGAAAGAGAAAGGGAUUUGCAGCUGUUGA